UUCUCCUCUCCUCCACUCUAUCUUCUUUCUCUGCUCCCACGCCCGCCGCUUCGAAGAUGGGAGACUACAACGAUGCCAUGAUGCGCAACAACGCCGCUGUCCAGGCCCGCACGAAAGCCCAGAACCGAGCUAACGUCCUUCAGCUAAAACUGAUUGGGCAGAGUCAUCCAACUGGCCUUACCACCAAUCUUUUGAAGCUAUUUGAACCCCGGCCUCCUUUGGAGUAUAAGCCUCCUAUCGACAAGAGGAAAUGCCCUCCAUAUACUGGCAUGGCACAGUUGGUGAGUCAUUUUGCCGAGCCUGGGGAUCCUGAAUAUGCUCCGCCCGUCGAAAAGGGUGAAACUAUGGCACAGAAAAGAGCUAGAAUCCACACGCUUCGGCUGGAGAAAGGUGCAAUAAAAGCUGCUGAAGAACUUGAGAAAUAUGAUCCAAAUAAAGACCCUAAUAUAACUGGGGAUCCAUACAAGACAUUGUUUGUGGCAAAGCUUAACUAUGAGACUACUGAGCAUAGGAUCAAAAGGGAGUUUGAAGCUUAUGGGCCAAUCAAACGGGUCCGGCUGAUUACCGACAAGGUGACAAAUAAACCUAGAGGAUAUGCCUUCAUCGAGUACAUGCAUACUCGGGAUAUGAAAACUGCUUACAAGCAAGCUGAUGGGAGGAAAGUGGAUGGUAAGCGGGUACUUGUGGAUGUUGAGCGUGGUAGAACUGUUCCAAAUUGGCGACCUCGAAGAUUGGGUGGUGGACUUGGAUCAACCAGGAUUGGAGGUGAAGAGGUUAAUCAGAAGUAUUCUGGCAGGCUUUGAGUUCGGGGGCAUGUUGUUCUAGAGGAUUUUUUCAAGUCCAGCUCAGAUUCUGUUUGGAUCAACUCAGCAGGCCUCGGGCUGGCUAGAAUCCCAUCCUACCUGCAUGCAUAAACCGGUAAAAAUUGCUAAUUUACUCAGUUUUUUCUCGUUAUCAUCUGGUUUCUUGUGUACAUGUAAUAUUAACUGCCUCCAGGUCUUUAAGAUUCACAGUCUGAUGGUCCAAGUAGAGAAUCAGAUCAUAUUUUAUGAGGCUAGCUUCAUUGGCUGCCUUUCCUGCACUCAGUGCUGGAAUUCUUGUGUUCUUCCCACUUUGAUUAUUGUAACAUAUUACUUUUAAAAGAAUAUCAUGGUCCUAGAUACCCCUGGCCAAUUUAUAAUGACAACAGGUUAGUUUUGGUGCAUUGCAUGGGUGAGGACUCAUGUAUCUAUAUUUACAUAUAUUUGUGCAUAUAUGUUUAUGUAUCUACGUUUAUGUAUGCAUCUAUGGAUGUUGGACUACCUGUUGGACAGGUUGGAUGUGAUUUCAGCAUGAUCUUAGCCUGACCAACUUCUACUUAGGUCGUGCAAGAAUAGAUUUAAAAUUUAUUCUUUUGGUCCUCAAUGUUUGGCGUGAAUCAGGUCAAAGUAAUCCAAAUCAUAAAAAAUGUGAGAAAUGCAAUUCACCAGAACUCUAUUCCCUGCUUCUUUUCUUGUUCUGACAUGGUGCCUGGUGAGUGGUCCACCCCCAUGGGAAACCUACCCCCAUCUGUGUAUUACACUAGUCUACAACUGCCACAUGGGAUAGGCAACCAAGCAGCGAAUAGAGUGGUGAUUGGUAGCAAUACUGAAAACACAUUUGAUGGAUUUGGUUUACCAUAUCGUUACCAUUUUAAUUUGGAGCAAAAAGAAAUGUUUAAGAUACAGUUUCUGGUUACUAAAAUGUGUAUUAAGUAUCAUCAUUACAAGGCAAUAACAAUCAUUACAAAUGUUUACCAUAUGGUUACCGCUUUCAUUUGGAGCCAAAAGUAAUGUUUAAGAUAUAGUUUGGGUUACUAAAAUGUAUAUUAAACAUAUCCUACAAGAAAAUAACAAUCAUAACAAACAUGUAGAUAUUAUCAACUGUCAUUUUGCAUCAGUUCAGUAAGGAAUCCAAUUUUAAGUUUUCAUCAAUAACAAAAAUUGAUGAUGCCUUCUUAAAGAAGUUAUAACUAAUAGCCCAAUGGAUUCUUAAUUUGAGGGUCAGGGUGGAUUGGAAAGAAGAUAUUGUAGUUCUCUGAUUUAUAAUCAGGUCUUGUAUGGUCCAUAUGUGAUCCAUUUACGAAAAAUGUCAAAUGUUUUGAUCCAAGCUAGAUCCAUAUAACUAGGGUUAGAUAGGACCAGGCUGUUUCAUGUCCAGCUUGGGAACAUAAUUUAAUUAGCUUGCAGCCCUUAAUAUGUUUGCAGGUAUUUGAAUGAGUGAUAAGAGGAACAUACAUCUCAGCAUACUUUGAAUUU